ACUCAACCAAUCGUUAGUUUUUAGGUCAUGAAAUAUGCAUUCCGUGUUUUCGAUCCGCCUCAGCCCCGCGCUCGGUAUAAAUAGCUCUAGAAAGCGACACGGUUUCCAUCUAACGAUUGCUCCAUUGUAACACCUUGUAACAUAUUGUAACAAAAAAUGGCUCGCACUAAGCAAACGGCUCGAAAAUCAACUGGAGGCAAGGCUCCAAGAAAGCAGCUUGCGACCAAGGCAGCUCGUAAAAGCGCGCCAGCUACUGGAGGAGUGAAGAAACCUCACCGUUACAGACCUGGCACAGUCGCUCUCCGUGAGAUCCGCCGAUACCAGAAAUCUACCGAGCUGUUGAUCAGAAAGCUUCCUUUCCAGCGUCUAGUUCGAGAAAUCGCACAAGAUUUCAAGACCGAUCUGAGAUUCCAGAGCUCGGCCGUUAUGGCUCUACAAGAAGCUAGUGAGGCCUACCUUGUUGGUUUAUUUGAAGACACCAAUCUCUGCGCUAUUCACGCAAAACGAGUAACGAUCAUGCCGAAAGAUAUACAGCUCGCCCGCAGAAUCCGAGGAGAACGGGCUUAGACACACCCAAGCUCAUAAAUUACAAACGGCUCUUUUAAGAGCCACCUUCCAUUCCGAUCCGGUCAGUAACAAUAGAGUUGUAAAUAAAAGCGUACUCGCAUCUCGAGUAUUUACAAUUUCUUUCUGAGAAUCAGAAAAUUAAGUUUCAUUUGAGCACUCGGGCCUGUUAACAAACAUCAUGCCUCCUAAAUCUGGUAAGAAACCCGAAGCAUCUAAAGGCAAGAAAAACGUCGUAGCUGGUGACAAAAAGAAGCGCAAAGGUCGUCGCAAGGAGAGCUACGCCAUCUA